CUGUCUUGUCACUGUUAACCUGAAGGUUAGCUGGGGUGGGCAAACGUUUUAUUUCAAUUAUUUCGAGUUUUUUAAAAAGUUUUGUAUAGCUUAUCAAUUUCAAUUAUUUUGAGUUUUUUUUUUUAAGUUUUGUAUAGCUUAUAACAGACCUUUGCUCACCCCAGCUUGGACCUUCAAGGGGAGAGCUGACUCCCUUCACCGGGGUACUGCGAUCCAAAUGACGACCCAGUAUGAUGCGCUGGAGGAAACAACAGCGAUUGAGGUUGUCCUGUCAAAUAAAAUCAUGGAGCUCCCCUACAUACAUCAUCUUAACACCCAAGUGGACAAACUUUUCUUCCGCUUUAACUUCAAGAAAGAAUUUGAGUUUUUUUUUAAACUCAUCAAACAGAGUGGGAAUAACCAGGAAGAGUUACAGGGGAAUAGUAUAUUUCCUGAUGAUCUAGAUCCUGAGGAGAGAUUAAUAGAGAUUUAUAAUCCAUGGAUUAAACAACAACUGAUUUAUUUCAAAAUAGAAAGUGAAGCGACAAAUCAACGAGCAUAUGCCAAAUUUUUUCAGGAGGCAACCCUUUUAAAGGAAUUUCCUCCAGUGAAGCCUCAGUUUAAAAAGCCCCACAAACAUGCAGAGGAAAAAAUUAUAGAGGACAUUGAUGAAUAUCUAGUGUCCCAGAAUCUUAAUGGCAAAAACAACUUAUAUAUUGUUAUUUACACAUACCAAAGCCCAUGUCUGAAGAGAGCCGAUAACAUUGACCCCUGUAUUUAUAAGAUCUUGCUAAAAACCCAUCAGUGGCACAUAAAGUAUAAAUGUAUUACAACUGUUUUAUACACAGACAAAUGGGGACCAAUUGGGUCAAAGUUGUUGCAAAACCAAAGAGGUUUGCGGGAUAUGUGCUCUGAAAAACACACAGAUAAAACUUUCCCUUUGGACAGUGGUACUUUCAAUAAAAUAUAUAAAAUUAAUCCAAACAUUUUUUUCCACCUGGUUAAAGCUGUGGACAGAAACAGACUUAAAGGUAGUAUAAGACAUAUCAAAUCAAAAUUAUGUGAGUUGAAAAAAGGAUCAUUCAACUAUCGCACAUACUUGAGAAAGUGUGAUGAGAUUACUUCAUCACUGCCAAUAGAAAUUAGGGAACAUAUAGGGACACUUUGGGAAAGUGUUGUUGAAAAUUGUAAUACAAAAUAUAAUUUGGCAGUGCUUACACGAGAUUGCAACUACACAGUAGUUGAUUAUUUUUUCCAAAAUAUUUGGUCCAUUUUGGGCACGGGCCAAAUGUUCGUCAACUUCAAGCAUCACCCUAUCAACGACCAAACAACGGCACAGCACCCCCGCGACCCACCACAGGUUUAAUUCGUUAUUUGAUUCUUCUACUGCCGUGUCCAUGCAAAAUCGCAAAAAAUUUUCUGUGAAUUGAAUUGAAUUGUAUUGAAUUGUAUUUAAUUGAAU